AUGGUGCUGUCAGAACGUCAACGGGACGAAUUGCAUCAAGCGAUUGCAGACUACCUUCGGUCAAAUGGUUAUGAACAAGCUUUGAAUGAGUUCAAGCGGGAAGCUAGUUUAAAUUCUAACAUUGAAGCCAAGUUCGCUGGCCUAUUGGAAAAGAAAUGGACUUCGGUUAUUCGUCUUCAAAUGAAGGUAAUGGAUCUGGAGUCGAAAUUGGCGGAGGCGGAGCGUGAGAACAAGCAGCUGCAGACGAGUGUGGGCUACGGGCCGGUGGGUGCGGCACCGGGUUCCGGUCUGCCCGGCCGCGGCGGGGACCGUCGUGGUGGCGUCGAUGCCAUUCCCCGACCCCCCGCCAAGUACACCCUCACUGGGCAUCGUUCCACUGUCACUCGGGUUAAACUUCACCCCCAUUACAAUGUUUUUGUCUCUGCCAGUGAGGACGCUACUAUUAAGGUGUGGGACUACGAGGUGGGCGAGUUUGAAGCAACGCUGAAGGGUCAUACGGACGCGGUGCAAGACGUGGGUUUCGACCCCUCGGGCAACCUACUCGUCUCCUGCUCCGCCGACAUGCAGGUGAAACUGUGGGACUUCACUACGUAUACGUGCAUCAAAACCCUCUCUGGGCACGACCAUAGUGUUUCCAGUGUCUGCUUCUUACCCUCCGGUGAUUUUCUCGUCAGCGCCAGUCGAGACAAGACAAUUAAGGUCUGGGAGGUCGCCACCGGGUACUGCGUGAAGACACUCACAGAACACCGCGAGUGGAUCCGGUGCGUACGACCGAAUCUCGAUGGUAGUCUGCUGGCGAGUUGUUCCAACGACCAGGAGGUUCGGGUGUGGGCGAUGGGCGGGAGCGCUCGUGACUGCAAAGCCCUCGCGGUACUGCAUGGUCAUGAGCACGUAGUGGAGUGCGUCGCCUGGAUGGCGCCUAACAACCCCCAGGCUGCCAAAGCCAUUGCUGCCGCCACCGCUAAAAGUGAAAACGGAGCCCUACAGCAACAGCAGCAGGUGAAUGGUGGUGAUGUUGUCUCAAUUGGUGGCACUACAUCUGAAGAUGCUCCUAUCAUCUUGGCCUCUGGGGCUCGCGACAGGCAAAUCUGCAUCUGGGACGUUAGGGCUGCCACUUGCCUCUUCACACUGACUGGGCACGACAACUGGGUGCGUCAGUUGGUCUUCCAUCCGCACAGCAGAUACUUGCUCUCCGCAUCUGACGACAAGACGGUUCGCGUGUGGGACUUGAGGAAUCGUCGUUGCCACAAGACUCUCGACGCACAUUCACACUUUGUCACCACGCUGGAUAUUCAUCGAACGGCUCCCUUCCUCAUUACGGGUAGUGUUGACCAGACGAUUCGAGUGUGGGAAUGCCGCUGA